AUGGCACCACCAAGACGUUACUGGGUCAGACUAAAGCUACCACAAUCCUUUUUAUCGACUCUUCCUGAGUUCCCUACUCCCAUAUCAAAGUCAAGAUUAAAGAAAAUAGCUGCAGAAGAAAGGAAAGCUGGUAGUACAAGUAUUUCAGCAAGUGGUUCAAAAGUUGGAUCACCAGCUCCAACUGGUAAUGAAUCUACUCCAACUACAAACCUUAAUAACCCAAAUAAUAAUCCAGCCGUAAUAAGCAAUUUCAAGAUUAAUUCUGGAUUGAAAGAGUCAUCCACUUCAGGCUUAACAAUGAACAGUAUAAGUCAAGGUUUAUAUGCACUUGAUAAAUCAGGUAAACCAAGUAAAAAAUGGAUUAAGAAACCAAGACAGUUCAAAACAUUCAGUGGGUUUAAAGUAAAGCAUGUCUCCUGGGAGCACAAAGAUGAAUUGAAGCAUGAUAAAAAGACUGUCAUUGAAGCGAUAGUUGAAGAUGGUUCAGCUUCUCCAAUAGUUUCAGCUUCAGCUACUCCUGAUAUUCGUUCUGAAGCAUAA